AUGGCGUCGUCUAGCACACCGUUCUCGCAGUUCGACGAGGCCAAACCGUCCGCUACGCUAUUAUGGCAGGCCGCCCAUUAUCGACCACGAACACAUAGGACAAAGGCAAUUGCCUUUUCUGUACUCUCGUUUUUGCUACUGCUAUGGAUGAUAUCCUCGUCUCGGCAACAACCCGCGCCAGACUUCUGGGCUAAGUUCCCAUCGCGUCCCCCAUUCCCUGAACGCCCCGAAGAUGCGCAGGUCGCUCUUCCUCGAAAGUCAGAUGUCUCCGUGAACGAUACUCUCCCCCACGAUCUGGACAAGACCAACCCCCACCUCCAUGUCCUCGUUCCGACCACGAGGGGCUCCCGCGGCGCCUGCCGGACGAUGACGUCCGCAAUGAUACUGGGAUAUCCGCCUCCAACGUUGAUCGGCUAUGGCCAUGAAAAGCCUGGGGCGACCGAGUUCGAGCGUGCAGUGGAACAGAUCACUCGCGUGCGAGAUUAUCUCAAAAAUAGCCGGAUAGUCAAGGACCAGGAUUUCGUUUUGGUUGUCGACGCCCAGGAUGUUUUCUUCCAGCUGCCUCCGCGAGUCUUGGUGGAACGGUUCCAGGACCUCUUGCGGAAGAACAACCAGAAGCUUCAGAAGAAGUAUGGCUAUGCAGUGGUAGAAAAGCCCAAUGGGGCUCCCCCCGAUCUGGUGCAAAAGUACACCCAGCGGGUUCUGUUCGGGGCCAGCAAGCUUUGCUACAGUGCCUUGAACAGCGAGCCUGGUUGCGUGUCUGUACCAGAGUCCACUCUACCACCAGAUGCGUAUGGAUGGAAGACUGAUGUCCACCCGGAUGGCCAUUUGAAUCGUCCUCGAUGGUUGAAUCCCGGCGCUGUGAUUGGCCAGGCCGCUGAUCUGAGACUCAUUCAUGAUGAAGUUCUCCGUGUGAUGGAACGGAACCAUAGCGACUACCAGGCUCUGACCCAGAUCUUCGGACGACAGGAAGUCGUCAGAGAGCUAGAACGGCUUCGUACUGUGAAUGGGGUCAAGGAAUGGGUCUACGGCAUGCUAGGCAUAUCCGACGCAGUCAAUAUUGACGGAAUCAGUGUCCGUCUCGAAUCUGGUCACCGCUAUGAGUACGGUAUUGGUGUGGAUUACGAGUCCCAGCUCUUCUUCAACCAGAUCCUCUCGCGUAACGACGUCGAGUGGAUCAAGUUCAACAAUAUCACCAAAACCUCCCUCCUCCAAGGCCAGUUCGGCGUUCCACGAGAACACCGUCUUCUUCUACCAGAAGACAUUGCAGCCCUGCCAAACCCCUUCAACCAGACCCGCUUCGCUAAAGAACAAACCACCUUACCAGAAUACAACGCCACCCUGGACAAGCUUCCAAACCCGGAAGAGCACUCGUGGAGUAACAUCCCUCUCAUGACAAACCCUUACUCCCCCUCCGUCCCGGUCCUGGCCCACCUCAACGGGGACCCAAAGUUGCGCAACGUAUGGUGGGAGAAGAUGUGGUUCUUCCCAUGGGCCCGUGCUUUGCUCCGGCGAUACGUCCGCUCCUCGCACGGCUUCGAUGCCGCGCAGUCUGCGCUCCUGGGUGGUCAGGAUUGGUGGGACAUGCGUGGUGGACGUGGCGGACUCUGGACAGACGACGAGAAUUGGGUUACCCUCUCUCAAGUCUGUGAGGGCCAGGAGCGAGACUUGUUCGAUGAUGAUCUUGGUCCGUGGGCCAAGGAGAAUGGCGAUCCAGAUGAGCCGGUUUAUAACCAGUUUGGAAACUUGGUCAAGGGGAAAGAAAAGGAGGAGGAAGAAUUGAAUGGCGAUCCAGAUGAGCCGGUUUUAUAA